UCUUCCAGCAUGGCUCGUCGGUCGCAGAGCUCCUCGCAGGGGGACAACCCUCUGGAUCCAAACUACCUCCCACCCCACUACAAGGAGUACUACCGGCUGGCACUGGACAUGCUGGCCGAGGAAGGAGAGGAGAGCUACCACCGGUUCCUGGCUGAGGAAGGGGCCCCGGACUUCCUCUGUCCCUCGGAGGUGGAGCACAUCACCCAGCACCUGCAGAAGCCCCAGUAUGCCCACCAGGAGGGGGAAGGCGGCGAAGGAGGCGGCAGCACGGACUCUGGCCCACCCAAUGCAGACCUGGACGGUUCCUCUGGAACUUACUGGCCCAUGAACUCCGACCUCGCUGUUCCAGAGCUGGAUCUGGGAUGGCCAAUGGUGUUUGGCUUCCGGGGAACAGAGGUGACAACACUUGUGCAGCCUCCACCUCCAGACAAUCCCAGCAUCAAAGAGGAGGCACGCAGGAUGAUCCGUGCGGCACAGCAGGUGGUUGCCAUAGUGAUGGAUACGUUCACUGACGUGGACCUUCUGGGCGAGGUGCUGGACGCGGCUGCACGCAGGGUCCCCGUGUACAUCCUGCUGGACGAGAUGAACGCCCAGCUCUUCCUGGACGCGGCCUCCAAGUGCAGGGUGAACCUCAACCUUGUGGAAUUCCUGCGGGUGCGGACGGUUUCUGGUCCCACCUACUUCUGCCGCACAGGAAUGUCCUUCAAGGGGCACGUGAAGGAGACGUUCCUGCUGGUGGACUGCAUGGUGGUGCUGAGUGGCAGCUACAGCUUUAUGUGGUCCUUUGAGAAGAUCCAUCGGAGCAUUGCUCACAUCUUCCAGGGAGAGCUGGUGACCAGCUUUGAUGAAGAGUUCCGCAUCCUCUUUGCACAGUCGGACCCACUGGUUCCUCCGGCCAAUGUUUUGAUGAAGGCAGAGAUGCCCAUGGGGCCCUUCGGCAUGAUGCCGUUUAGCAACAACAUGCCCUUCUUUCCAAAGAAGCCACACCUGAUGUUCCCUCGGGAAGAUGACAUUCUCUCGCCUUUCAUGGGCAGAGUUGACCCAGACAGAAACUUCCUGUCCUCUUUUAGAAGAGAUGACAUGCUGCGCCACACCCUGGAGGGCUCAGCCAUGCGAAUGUAUUCCAAGAGGAUGGAAAUGGAGACCUCUCAGGUGGAUCCUGUCCGGGGCUAUCUCCGCUCCAAGCAGCUAGAAAUGGACUCAUUUAAAAGACACAGCUUCGCAGAAGGAACCUUUGAGAACUUUGCAUCUUCAAAACAGUUUUCCAGGCAGAUGUUUAUGAACAAUUUAGAAGACUUUAAAAUCCAGUCUAGCCAGUUUCAGAAGGACCAGUUUUAUCAGUAUCAGUUUGAAAACCCAUACGGCGCCAACAGGCCCCAAGGUCUCUUUGAAAGGAUACGAGGAGGCCGACUAGGCUUCAAUGAACUAGAGGAUUAUACAGAUGGUUUCAGGGGCCCAGAACUGGAACCCAAUUUACCCCAAGAGGGCUAUCCCCUGCGACUGGACUACGUGCCUUCCAAUUCCUCCAAAGAAGUCCGGCAUGGAUCUGAUCAAGUGAAUCCAGGAGGGAAUGGUCUCUUUGGGCUGGCUUCCCUCCGAAGGCAAAACAUGGGGCAGAAGUUCAUGUGCCAGACGUCCCCCACACAGAAGCAGAGCUUGGAGCAAAGGAUGUUUCUGCGUGACCAAGGCCAAGACACUGACCAAGACAAGAAAGUGCAGGAGAACCGGGCGGGCUUGCGCAACUGGAGGAUCAACUCAUACCUGAGUGGGUACCAGUCCGAACCUGGAGAGGAAGGCCUCCCGGUGCCAAUGGAGUCGGAGGCCUGUAAUGAGGUGUUUAAUUUUGCAGAGCUCCCCACCAGGUACCCCGGUGAGCUCCUCACUCCUUUCAAACCCCCCCUUCCAUUUGCAGGCACCAAAGAAAUGGCCGAUGAGCCACCAGUGGCGAAGCCAGAUGCCUUCAGGAGCAGGAUAAAUCCCUUGAUCCAGAGGAGCUCACGACUCAGGUCUUCCCUUAUUUUUAGUGCUGCCAAAUUAGACCAACAAAACACAUCAGCAGAGAAAAUCCAGAUGGUCCAAAAAGAACAGACAUCCAGUGAAAUGACAAAAGACAAUGAAACAACGAAGACCACCACUUCCUCCAAAGUAGCAGAGUUGCUGGAGAAAUACAAGGCUGUGGGCAAAGACUCAGAAAGUACUGCUGUCAGUCACACGAAAGCCAUGUCGGCUUUCCUCCAAGAGGAAUCCCAGAAUGCCGAAAAGAGGUGCACUAAGUCCGUGCAGUACAAAAUUCUGGAGAGCAGGAUCCUGGACUCCAAAGAUACCUUUAGUAACUAUAAGGCGCACCCAGAGUCGGAGGGACCAUGCGGUGGCCCUGCCUCAGCCAGCCAGCUUGCGGACUCAUUCGGCAGAGACCCCCUAACACAAGGUAGCAGUAGAAUGGACAAGUCUUCUCGCUUCUGUCCAGCAGACAACAAGCCCGGCCCUCUGGAGAAAGAGAGCAUCAUAUUUGUUGGAGAAACGCAGAAACUCGCUGCGCCAGAAAAGGAGCAAAUGGCUUACAAAGAUGAUGCGCACACUCCGUCCGUAACUGAAUUCAAGAAACCAGCACAAGGGCAAAUGGGCCCCACCUCAGCACUCCAAGAACCCCCCAAGAACCUUGGCUCCGACAGCAGUCUCCACAAACCAGAGGAUGGCAGUAAGCAGGAACAAAGUCCCAGGGAGUUUUUUAGGAAGGGAUCCCUCAGACUAAAGCAGUUGUUGAGUGCCAAAGGGGAGAGGAAGCCUGAGGAAGAAACAGUUACUGAGGGCUCAAAGCCAGACAGGAAUAUUGGUGGCCUCAAGAGGCUGUCCAAGGGUGAUUUCCAAGAGAUGAUCGAGGAGGAGAAGUCGCCCAAGCCAACGUCGCCAGCAGCUGCCCUCCGGCUGAAUCCAGCACCUCCGGCUCGCUUCCCUUCCUCGACGGCCAACGUCCUGUACAGCAGCAACCUCCGUGAUGACACAAAGGUCAUUCUGGAGCAGAUUUCUGCCAACAGUCAGAAGAACCGAGCUGAGCUGGCCAGGCAGCUACCAGUUGCCAGCAACCCGGAGCUGUCCAGGUCCGCCACCAGCCUGGAUCACAGGGACGAAGAAAAAAGCACAGGGAUUAACAGAUCGGAGAGUUUUGGCAGCCAUCAUAAGCGGAACCCCCAGAGAGACCCUUCCGAGGACAGGGACUCCCUUCUGAAAAGGAUGGAGAGCAUGAGGAAGGAAAAGCGUGUCUACAGCCGGUUUGAGGUCUUUUGCAAGAAGGAUGAGCAGGAGGAGGAGGAAUGUGAUGCAGAUGCCAAAGACAAGAAGAUGGGGAAGUUCAUGCCCAAGUUCCUGGGCACCUUCAAAACCAAAAAGUGACCGUAAAGCUGCCACACACACCGCCUGCCUGGCCAGAGCGGCUCUGUCUGGGACAAACACUCGUGGGGGGUUCUGGUGGCCAGACAGCUGCAUUUACUCA